AUGAUUCCAGCUUUUUUCAUGACCACCGAGACGACAAAGCUGAAGGCGAAGCUUGGGGCGCUUGACGCGUCUCUAACGAAUCUAGAGGAUGCUAUAGCGCCUCUACUCGAACAGCCCUUCGCAGAGACCCUCGCUGACCUGACUGCUCUCGAACGCGCAAAACUGCAAACUCUGGUGCCAUAUCUUGUCUAUGACCUCGUUUUCAUAUACCUCAAGGCACAAGGCUUGGAUCCAAAGACCCAUCCUGUUGUGGAGGAGCUGAAUCGUGUCAAGGAAUACUUUGGGAAAAUAUCGUCUGCAGAGAAUCCAGAGACGCCGUCAACACAACUGGACAAAGGUGCUGCAACGCGAUUCAUCAAGCAUGCUAUUGCCCGGGCGACAUACGGGAACAAGGAGCCCGAAAUCGAGGAAAUACCACCGUCUACAUUCGUACCCGUGAAAGUGACAGAGAAGAUGCGUGAACGGGAGGAGUAUCAGAAGGAGCUGGCGAAUGAAGGAAGUGAGGAAGAAGACAGCGAUUUGGAGAUCAUCAACGAGGAGGAAAUGUCUGCAGUAAAGGAUAAAGGAAAGGGCAAGGCUGUCGAGCAAGAUUUGGAUUCAAAGCCGGAACCUGUCGCGGGCAGCAAAAGGCGAAGACCUAUGGCCGAUCCGUUUGCUGGUUAUGGGGACGAUGAAGCUCAGCCUUCCGCAGGAGCUGCUCCGUCGCUGCAUAAUGACGAAGAGUUAUCUCAGAAAUCGAAGAAAAAGAACAAGGGCAUCGAAACCGAAAAGGGGCCCAACAGGAAGGAAGACAAUGCUAAGUCACCCAAGAAGAAAAAGAAAAAAACAGGGAAGUAA